AUGUCCUAUUACCACCGCCAUGAGUCCCGAAGGUCAGCCGCUGCAGAAAGCUACGCUCCCAGAGCAUCGACGUACCAUCAUGCUUCUAGGAGAACAAGAGAUGAUUCUUCUGACUCGGACACAUCGGAGGAAGAUACGAGGCAGGAGCGAAAGGAACAAGAGAGGCGAGAACAAGAGAGGCGAGAACAAGCGAGGCGAGAACAAGAGAGGCGGGAACAAAAGAGGCAGGAGCGAAAGGAACAAGAGAGGCGGGAGCGAAAGGAACAAGAGAGGCAGGAGCGAAAGGAACAAGAGAGGCGAGAGCGAAAGGAACAAGAGAGGCGGGAGCGAAAGUAA